AUGCUUCGCCUUUUUGCCAGAUCCAUCCGCCCAUUGUCCAAGACUACCACUACCACUACUACUACCACUUCCCUCCCGCAAGUGCAACGCAUCACGCCUGCCAGACUCCUCUCAUCAACAGCAAUGGCCGACAACCCCGAACUCAAGGCAUCCGGCCUCUUCGACGUCAGCCAUGUCACCGCACUGGUGACAGGCGGUGCAACAGGCAUAGGCCUGAUGAUCACACAAGCCCUCGUGGCCAACGGAGCCAAAGUGUACAUCACAUCCCGAAGAGAAGAAGUUCUCAACAAGGCAGUCGAAACAUACAACACGGGGCCCGGCAGCCUACACGCCCUUGUAGGCGAUGUCAGCACAAAACAAGGCAUUCACCAACUCGUCCAAAAAAUAUCGCAAAAAGAGCCUCAAGGGAUCCAACUACUCGUGAACAAUGCGGGCAUUGCUCGAGACGAUAACACGAAAUUCUCAUCCAACGAUGGUCCACCAGAUACAUCUUCUGCAGAAGCUAUUUCCGAAUAUUUCCUCCGCUCGGAAGAAACUCAGUGGCAGGAUACCUUUCAAACAAAUGUCACGGCACAGUAUUUUAUGAGUAUGGCUUUCCUGCCCGCUCUUGCGAAAGGAGGGAGAAUCACUCCAGGAUAUUCGUCUUCGGUUGUCAAUGUCAGUUCGAUUUCUGGUGCAAUGAAAGGAUCAAGCAUGGGACAAUUCGCCUACGCGAGUUCCAAAGCAGCAUCAACACACCUUUCCCGCAUGCUCGCAACCACCUUUCAAGGCUUCAACGUGCGCGUCAACGUCAUCGCGCCAGGCGUCUUUCCCUCUGAAAUGACAGGCGGUGACAGCAAUCAUGUCAACAAGACGGAAAUGGACAUGAAAUCGUCCAAUCCCGCUGGACGCAAGGGUCACGAUACGGAUAUGGCUGCUACCAUUUUGUUCUUGGCUGGGAAGGGUGGGGUCUUUUAUAAUGAACAGAUUUUGUAUCCUGAUGGCGGAAAUACGCUCUCGCAGCCAGCAGUCAACUGAUCAAGUUAUACGCGAAAACGAACGUACGCGUCGAAUGUGUAGAUAGUGUAAGAUAAUGCACCUCAGGGCAAGAACCAAUCAAUCACCAGCUCGACUGUAUCGUGUUCUUGAAGUGGUAUGUGUCGGAAGCCGAGCCGACGAAGAAAUCCAACCCGAUGCGGCUGUGGAAUGUUUUGCAUUCUGAUGAGAGAGGUGGUCCCCUUUGUACUUCGCCAAAGCUUGCCCGUCGAUACCUUACCGACCAGACAAAGAGCUGUUUGCACCGCGCUUACCGUUACCGUACCUUGGACAGACACGAACGUGUGUAUGCGAGAGAGUAUCUCGACUUUUCAAUCGUUCCAUCAGUCAAUUCCCAAUUCCGCUUGCAUUGCGAAAAGGCGGUUCAGGAAGGCUCACAUUACUACGCACACUGGCACUUUUCCGAGCAGCAAUGCCUACCAUAGCUGAGCCCGAAGCUCGAUUACAAGUCCCAUUGCAGCGCGUCGUACGCUCGCCUUCACGCCGCAAUAGAGAUCGAGCAGCAGCAGCAGCAUCGACAGCCAAGCCGCUUCAGCUACGCGGUAGAGAGACUUCCGAGAAGUCCACCACGCUCGAACGAAGCAUGUUGUACAAUACGACUUCUGCGAUGAGCAAUUCACGUCGACCAGCACCUCAGUACUUUGCAGCGCCCUUGUCACCACCGCCGGUAGCGCCGCUUCCACAAUUCCCAACGUCUAUACCUUCGUCUGCAGCGGCGAUAUCUCCACCAGCAGCGGCAAAAGCGAGGCAGAAUGAGGACUUCUUGUGGACCAUAUCACGGACGGGGGAGGCCGGUACUGUCCUCCCGCCCUUCGCAGAACAACCGAGACCCGCUCCCCAGCCUCCCAAACGACGUCCACGCACUCCUGGCGAAGAGUUUCGUGUAUCGCCGGUGUCAACGCCCUUGCGCAGGGGCCUGAGUAAUAGCCAGCGUUCGAAAAUUUCUCGCCCAGCACUGGUGCCACUGGCCACAUCGACAGUACAGCUCCCAUCACAGCAGCAGCAGCAGCGACCGA